ACCCACCAACACCAUCAUCCUCUUCUCCUUUUUACCCCUCUCCCUCACUCCCUUCCAUUCCUUACAGUCCCCACUUUCACACCCCAUGAAUCUUCCUACUCCCUCACCCAUUCCAGUUGACCCACAUCCCCAUAUCCCUCACUUAAAUAUAACCAUCAUUUCUUAACAAUUACUAAGCAACUAGUUAUUAAUACCACCACCUCAUCAUUAAUAAAUUCUCCCAACUAAGCAUAUUUCCUUUUCCACUUAGGAUAAUAUUAUAAUAACACAUUUACUAGGGACACUUUUCUUCUAUAUAUAUUCCUUCCUCAAACAACCCCUAUUCCCACCCAAACCCAACUCUCCUUGCUACCUCUUAGUCAAACAAAGUAACAAACCAUCCUUCUUCUCUUCUUUCUCUUCUCUCUCAUAUCCAUACAAAUUAACAAAACUAAAUGGAUGCAAUUAGUUGCAUGGAUGAGAGCACCACCACCGAAUCCCUCUCCAUGAGUCUUUCUCCGACGAUGUCGUCAAAGAAAGCAUUUGUUUCUGCUUCUCCGACGACAUCGUCGAAGAAGACUUAUGUCUCUCCGCCGCCACUGUCAGGCACGUUGUGUCGCGUCGGCAGUGGUGCGAGCGCAGUCGUGGACUCUGACAGUGGCGGCGGGGGCACCGAGGUGGAGUCUCGAAAACUCCCCUCGUCAAAGUACAAAGGCGUCGUCCCGCAGCUCAACGGCCGCUGGGGUGCGCAGAUUUAUGAAAAGCACCAGCGCGUCUGGCUCGGCACCUUCAACGAGGAAGAUGAGGCCGCCAGGGCCUACGACGUCGCCGCCGUCCGCUUCCGCGGCAAGGACGCCGUCACGAAUUUCAAAGGGCUCGCCGCCGCCGAGGACGACGACGGCGAAGCCGAGUUUCUCAACUCGCAUUCGAAGUCCGAGAUCGUGGACAUGUUGAGGAAGCACACGUACAAUGACGAGCUGGAGCAGAGCAAGCGGAGCCGCGGCGUGGUACGGCGGCGUGGCGGAGCCGGCGGCGGCGGCGGGAACUGUCUCUCCGGCGCGUGUGUUGCGAAGGCGCGUGAGCAAUUGUUCGAGAAAGCGGUUACGCCGAGCGACGUGGGGAAGUUGAACCGGUUGGUGAUACCGAAGCAGCACGCGGAGAAGCACUUUCCGUUGCAGAGCGUUAACGGCGUUAACGUGAGCGCGACGGCGGCGAAGGGCGUUCUGUUGAACUUCGAGGACGUUGGAGGGAAAGUGUGGCGGUUCCGUUACUCGUAUUGGAACAGUAGCCAGAGCUACGUGUUGACCAAGGGUUGGAGCCGGUUCGUCAAGGAGAAGAAUCUGAAAGCCGGCGACACGGUUUGUUUUCACCGGUCCACUGGACCGGACAAGCAGCUUUACAUCGAUUGGAAGGCGAGGAAUGUGGUGGUUAAUGUUAAUGUUAAUGUUAAUGUGAACAAGGAGGUUGGGUUGUUCGGACCGGUGGCCGAACCGGUCCAGAUGGUUCGGCUCUUUGGUGUGAACAUUUUGAAACUACCCGGUUCGGAGUGUAUCGCCAAUAGCAACAAUACAAGUGGCGCUAUUCCUGGGUGCUGCGGUGGCAAGAGAAGGGAAAUGGAACUGUUCUCGUUAGAGUGUAGCAAGAAACCCAAGAUUAUUGGCGCUUUGUAACAUCACGUUAAUCUUUUUUUUUUUUUUUUUUUUUUUUUUUUUUUUGAUGUUUGAA